AUGAAAACUGCGUCGCGAUUCGUGUCUCGUGCGCAUCCGACGGCUUGCCUCUUUCACCCGCGUUUGCUACCACUCGGCCUCUCUCUUCCGCCGGCCGCCGCCAAAACCAAUCCCCAAACAACGAUGCUCCGCCGCAUCGCCGCCCUACGGCCGCCGCCGCCGCGCGCGGUGGCGGCGGCGCUCGUCGGAGGGGCCGACGCAGGCUACUCCUCCAAGUCCACCUCCCUCCCCCAGAAGCAGCAGCGCGUCCGCGACCACGCCUUCGACGGCAUCAUGGAGGUGCAGAAGCGCGUCCGCCGCUUCCUCGCGCUCCACGCGCUGCUCCUCUACGCCGCCACCCCCACCGCGCCCUCGGGCAAAUUCUCCGCCGGGGGCAGCGGCGCGGUCUCUGUGCCCUUCUCCCGCCUCGGCGCCCUCUCGCGCCGCCAGCUCCGCCUCGCGCCCCUCGACGCUGGCAACUUCAUGCUGCGCCACCCGCACGCCUUCCACCUCUUCCUCCACCCGGUCCACCGCAUCCUCCACGUGCGCCUCACCCCGCGCGCCUCCGCCGCGCUGCGCCUCGAGGCCGACGCCAUCGCCUCCCUGCGCCCCGGCGCCGUCCUCCGCCUCCGCAAGCUGCUCCUCCUCGCGCCCCCGCACCACCGCCUCCGGCUGGAGCACAUCCGUCUCCUCCGCCGCGACUUCGGCCUCCCCGACGACUUCGCCGACUCCGUCAUCCUGUCCAAUCCCGCUCUGUUCCGCCUCACGCCUGACGGGUUCGUCGAGUUUGUGCCCUCCCCUGACGACCCACCCGACCUCACCGUCGCCGCCGUCGAGCGCUCCCGGGAGCGCCACUACCGCGAGCACCGUGCUCCCGGCGCUGGCGAGGAGGACGCGCGCUUCGCGUUCCCCACCCGCUUUCCGCCGGGCUUUAAGAUUGGCAAGUAUUUCCGCAUUGCAGUUUGGAAGUGGCAGCGCCUCCCCUACGCUUCCCCGUAUGCGGACGUCUCUGGCCACGACCUGCGCUCACUUGAGGCACAACGCCGCAUGGAGAAGCGCGCUGUCGCUGCUGUCCAUGAGCUGCUCUCUCUCACCGUCGACAAGCGUACCACGCUCGAGCGUCUCGCGCUCUUCCGUGACGCCCUUGGUGUGCCGAAGAAGAUUAAAGAGUUCUUGCUUAAGUAUCAGGGGAUAUUUUACAUAUCAACAAGAGGAAACCAGGGGAAGCUGCACACUGUGUUCCUCAGGGAGGCAUACUAUAAAGGGGAGCUUUUAGAUUCCAAUGAGAUACAUGACGCAAGGCGGAAGCUGGAGGAGCUGCUCUUGAUGAGCCGAGAGAAGGCGAAUUUGGAUCGGAUGUUCACCAGCAUGGGCCGUGGAUGGGAUGAGCUUGGUGGUGGUCGUCGUGGAGGAGCAGAAUUGAGGGAGAAGUUUCUUGGGGAUGCAGGUGGCAGAAAGAGGAAAGUUGGCGCUGACGAUGAGGACGAUGGUGCCGAUAGUGGGGAGGACUCGGGAGUUGAAUCACUCUACAUCGACUGAGGAACAGAAUCAUACAACGGCACUGAAUGUCAUAUAGUGUAGCCUGAGUUCUGAAUCUGGCAUGGGAACCAUAUUGGAAGAUUGAUUUAUCAUGCUAGCAUCUACACCAUGGUGUAGUGAUCUUGAUUGAUAAGAGAGUGUUGUAUUCUGAGGUGAAAUUUUGAGUGAGAGGUCUCGUCCUAAACUUGCGGACACUAUGGAUUGGGGAAGUUAUCACCCUCAAUGCUGCCAUGCAUCUGCACUAGGAUGGUUGAUGGAAUUUUCAUUUGCUCAGCAUUAUGUGAAGGGACAAAGACACAAGCAAGAGAACUCCUUUCUGCCCCCAAGCUAAUUUGAUCAGUGUCUUUUGACUUGUGAGUAACUCUGGAUCUAUUUCACUCAUUGCUCCCAUGGAAAACUGUUUGUGUUAUGGAUGGAAUAUCACCAUAGCAACAUUCUGUCAGUCAGUUCUAUGUUUUGCAACAUAUUGUAACCAAACAAUUGAUACUGUAAUCGGUUAGAUGAUCUGCAAAUAAAAUCAGAAAUGCUGACGGGGCGUCAGAAAAAUCCCA